UGGAGACGUGCAUGAGGUGGCUCCACUCUGGUUCCUCCAACAUGGCUGUCCUGGAAGUGCCUCUCUUUUCAGGUUUUCAACCAGACAUCGAGAGCCUGGAGCAGCUUCUCAUGAACAAACAAACUGGCCUGAAGCGCUACGAGGUGGAUGGCAGGAAGGUCCUCUUCUAUUUCGAUGAGAUUCCAAGCCAGUGUAUGACCUGUGUCAAGUUUGUGGCUUUCCGGGAGUACAUCAUGGGGAAAACUGCCCCCCUCCCCAUCCGGGUGUAUGACUACUAUGAGCCAGCAUUUGAAGCCACACGCUUCUACAAUGUGAGUGAGAGCAGCCCUUUGGCCCGUGAGCUCUGCGACGGCCCAACAUGCAAUGAGGUGGAGAGCGCUGCCAGCCACUGGGUUGGUUUUGUCCAGGCCGGGCAUUGCAACAGUGUCUUUGGCUGCCUGGCGGAUGGCUACUUUGAGCAGUGUCUGUGUGCCCGGGACUGUGGGUACGAUGGGGAGCCGGUCUGUGGUUCGGACGGACGGCCCUACCAGAACCACUGCCAGAUGGAAGUAGCUGCCUGCAGGAACAGUACCCAGAUUGAGCAGGUUCCCAUGAGCCAGUGUGGGGCAGGCACUGCCAAAAUCACUCCGGAAGAGAGAGAGAUUCCCCUCCAGAGCCACAUGCUGCCUGACAGGGACCAACAGACACCAACAGAGGAAGGCCCGACCCACCCACUUGACUUCUCCUACUACUCCUACGAGUAUGAUUCGGACCCCUACGUCUCCGAGGGAGAUGCUUUCGAACUCACGACGACUAGUGGAGGAAGCACCAUGGCACCAGAGAGCAGCCAAAUUCAACGAGUGGCAGUGGCUGCUGGAGAGUGAGGGCCCUGCCUUUUCCUGCGUCUUCCUCACAGAGUCCUCCGCCCAUUCUUAAGAGAGGGAGGCAGCCCUGCGCCAGACGUCCCAUUCACCUUUGGCCUGAUGGGUCUCGCUACUGAACGGAAACCAACUGAACACCGAUUCCCCUGGAGCCCCCUUUCUUUGAGGACUUCUGGCCCCCUGCCUUCCUUCUGGGUGCUUUCUCCUUUGUCCCCUGCAUACAUACCCCACUGCCAUCUCUUGUUGAGGGUUGGGAGCAGCCCUGUGGCAAAGCGGUGUCUUGACCUUAUGCCCCUCUGCCAUCCAUUACUAGUGGUGGGUUCUAGACUGGAAGAGGGAAGGAGGAGACGGUAACUAGGAACCCUCUUUGCGAUGGGGGUGCCCCCCCUCUCCAACAUAUGGCUGCCCUUCUUUUGGGGGAAUGUUAUUACCACACUUAAGAGCACCAGGUUCUCCCUCCAUCCUUCUCUGGUGCCAGUGGACUGCUUUCUCUGCGGAGGGUGUUGCAGAGGCAGGGAAGCUCUUUCAAGACGUUCAGCUGCCCCCGUCCCUGAAAUGGUUUACCCCACUCCUCUCUCAGGGCUGUUAGACCAGCCUCAGUGAAGAGCUCGGAAAAGCAGAGCUCUGUUCCUAUUUAUUUUAAAGCAGCCCUUUCAUACCUUCCUGGGGAGUCUUAGUGGGCCCAGACGAGUCUCAGAAGACCCCCUACUCACCAUUUCUUCUCCAUGAUGGGGCCUUCCGGGUGGCUACUAGUAGUUGUUCCAGCUUCUCUCCACGAGCCAUCUGUCUUUCCCUCUCUCUGCUGGUGCAAAUGCAAAUGCACACCCCUUAUGCUUCAUGGACAGAGGAGGUAACCAUGCAACAUGUCUUGCGUGCGCUUGUUUGCUUUGGCCCCUCCAUACAGAGCAACCUCUUUUUCUCAGCUGGCUCACAAGGCAGGACUGUG